AUGGUCACCUGCAAAUUCUUCCUGCAAGGUAACUGCAGAUAUGGUCAGAACUGUCGCUUUGACCACCCAGGGUCUGGCAGCUCUGGAGGCCAAAGCCAGAGCCAGAACAGAUUUGGACCCCUGGCAAGCGGGAACUCUGGUGGCAGUGCGGGCGGUAACCGCUUUGGCGGUGCUGGCCCUACGGAAGCCAGCAUAGUCGCGAGGGACGCUCCAGCCGAUCUUGAUCCGCAGAAGGCCCGGCCGAAAUGGAUCUUCUCAUCAUAUGGCCCUACGAAGACUGCCUCAAUCUCAUUAAUGGAGGACAAUGAAUACAGCUCUGAGGAGAUCCGUCUACGAUACUACCAAGCCGCCGCUGCUGGCCAGGAAGCUCAAGCUGAUCAGGAAGCGACGCAAAUGUACAACAAGAUCGACCAGGACUAUCAGAGCAUCGUGAACAAUGUCAACAACAUUCCGAAAUUUCUGGAGGAAGGAGAAAAGAAACGUCCCAACCGCCAUGACUUCACUAACGUCGCGGAGUUUAAUGGCAAGAAGACUCGUGACGAGUUCAUUCAGCAAUUCAGCCACGGAGCCGGCUCGGCUUUUGGGGCACCCACCAGCAAUGCAUUUGGAUCUGGCAAUUCGACGAACCCUUUUGCCAAGGCACCUUCUUCGACCUUUGGGCAGCCUACAGCUGCAUCAAAGUUCGGAACCCUUCCAGCAUUUGGCGGAUCUGACAUCACUACUUCGACCCCAGCGUUCGGCCAUGCUUCUACCCCUGCUUUCGGACAAGGUGCUUUCGGAAAACCGGCGAUGGGAAACACAGGAUUUGGUCAGCCUGCAUUUGGUUCGUCAAGCUUUGGACAAAGCGCACAGAAGAAUCCCUUUGCUCCAGCGUCUGCAUCAGGCGGUCUCGGUCAGACGCCGUCAGCUUUUGGUCAGCCAUCCACCACAAACUCCGCCUUCGGCCAAUCCCCUCAGACCAGUACAGCGUUUGGUCAGGCUCCUCAGACGACUAGUGCUUUUGGUCAACCUUCACAACCGCCCUCUAGCUUUGGACAGCCCUCACAGCCGACCUCUGCAUUCGGCCAACCUUCACAGCCUACAUCCUCGUUCGGACAGCCAUCACAACCUACCUCCUCGUUUGGACAGCCGUCUCAGCCUGCUUCCGCAUUUGGCCAGCCACCUCAGCCUACCUCAGGAUUUGGCCAACCCGCACAGUCGAGCUCCGGUUUUGGUCAGCCGUCGCAGCCUACGUCUGCAUUCGGCCAGCCAAGCCAGCCAACGAGCUCCUUCGGGCAACCUAGCCAGCCCUCUACGUUCGGCAAACCGGCUUUCGGCCAGACUGCUCAACCCAGCUCUACUUUUGGCCAGAACACACAGCAAAGCUCAAGUAUAAGCACAUCUUUCGGUCAGGCAGCUGCACCCAGCAGCGGCUUCAGCAACGCCACCAAUGCUGGCUUUGGACAAGUUCAAGGUCAAAAUGCAGGCUUCGGCAAGACGAACGACCAAGACAUGGAGUCAGAGCCGACGGCGCGACCAAAUCCAUUCGGCGCACGCCCUGCUAGCUCAGCCGCCACUGCUACGCAGCCAGUUCAGCAGCAGCAAGGGACAGCCGCUUCCGCCUCAGGUGGUUUCAACCCCGUCAACCCACUCCUGGGCAAGCCCGCCGCUCCCCUUCACGUCACAGAAAGACUGCCCGCCCAGGAUCCCACUUUCGACAUGGGCGGUCGGCUGACUAGCUUCCGUGGUCAGUCCGUGACCUAUAUCGAGCCAGCACCGGCGGCUGCAUUCCCAUGCUUCAUACGCUCUGACACCAAGGAGCCGGAGAGAAUAUGGUAUCCAAAUGCAGGCAAUGAAAAGACUCUACAAAGUUUGAACACGGAGGGGAAGCGGCUGGAUUUUGAGGGUACACCGGAGGAAUAUACGGAUGUGGUUAAGGAGGCGUAUCGGCAUUUGUAUGAGACCGGAUCGUGGAAAGAUGGGAAGCUGCCGCUUGUGCCUCCGGCAAGGGAGAUGGUGGCUUACGAUUUCUAG